GAAAUUUCUCAUUACUUUGCACUCUGCUUGAUACUUCACAAAUUUUCUUACCUGGCCUCGUGAAAAGAUGUUGUUCCUCAAUAAUCACUUCGUUAUGGGUCUCACAGGCUGGCGUCUUCUUAUUCUUGCUUGCUUCAUGAUAGUUGGUAUCAAAGUUACUAAAUUCUUUAUUGAACUAUACUGCGUUCGUCGCAAGUUUCAACGUAUGCAGAAGGAUGGCUUGCCAAUGCCUCCGCAUCACCCUAUCUUUGGCCAUUUGAAAUUGAUGGGCGAAAUUGUAUCUCAAUUACCUGGAGAUAUUCAUCGUCAUGUCCUUCCACAUCAGAUCAAACUCCGCUAUCCUAACCUUGGCCCGCUGUUCUACCUCGAUACAUGGCCCUUUGGUGGUGAGAUUCUGGUUGUUGUAGGCCCAGAUGCAGCCUAUCAGAUGACUCAAUCACACCCGCUCCCUAAGUUCCAUGCCAUGCGUGAAUACCUGAAGCCCAUGACAGGUGGAAACGACUUGGUCUCAAUGGAUGGCAAAGAAUGGAGGAAAUGGAGAUCUAUCUUUAAUCCAGGUUUCAGCGCUGGUCAUCUUAUGACUUUAGUUCCUGAUUUGAUGAAGGAUAUGUCCGUAUUCUGCGAGAUUCUGAGAAAGGCAGCCUCGAAAUCGGAUAUCGUAAUCAUGGAUCAUUUAACAACUAGAUUAAACCUGGAUAUUAUCAGUAGGAUGGCGUUGGACACGCACUUGAAUUCGCAGCUCGAGACAAACGAUUUUGUUUCUGCAUUGCUCAAUCAGCUCGAUUGGUUAUCAUUUGGUCACGAAGUAAAUCCAUUGCAACGAUAUAAUCCUAUUCGCCCUUUCAUGAACUGGUGGAACAGUCGUCAAAUGGUAAAAUACAUUUGGGGAGAGUUGGAUAUGCGCUUGAAACGCCGAAAUGUUGAUGGUAAAGGCAUCCAAGGCACUCGCAGCAGAUCAAUCAUCGACCUCGCUCUGGAUAACUAUCUUGCUAGCAGGCCUGGAGACCACACCAUUAACGCCAUGGACACCGCUUUUAGAGACAUCGCCACAUCUCAAUUAAGAGUCUUUAUCUUUGCCGGUCAUGAUACAACAAGUAGUACCAUGUGCUAUGCUCUUCAUCUACUUUGGACAAAUCCCAAGGCCCGUCAGCUGCUAAUUGCCGAGCAUGAUAUGAUUCUAGGCCCAGACCACAAAGAAGCUGCAAGAAAAAUCGAAGAAGAUCCUUACAUUUUGAACCGACUUUCUUAUACUAUGGCUGUUGCAAAAGAAACCCUACGAUUGUAUCCCUCUGCUUCAAGUGCUCGUAGCGGUGAGCCCGGCUACUUUAUGUCGGGAUCCGACGGACUUCAAUUCCCCACCGACGGAUUCAUGGUAUGGUCAAACUCGCACGCUAUUCAACGUGAUCCUCUAUACUGGCCCCAACCAAACGAAUUUCUUCCAGAACGCUGGCUCGUUGAAGAAGAUCACCGUUUAUACCCCAGGAAAGGCACCUACCGACCAUUUGAGUUUGGACCACGUAAAUGCAUUGGCCAAGAACUUGCGAUGAUAGAGAUGAAGGUUUUUCUUGCUUUAACUUCGAGAGAAUUUGAAAUUAGGAGUGUGUAUGAGGAGUGGGAUACUCUUCAUCCAAAGGCUGGUCCGAGAACAAUCGAGGGAGAUAGGGCUUACCAAAUUCUGUCUGGAGCUGCUCAUCCAAGUGAUGGACUUCCAUGCAGAGUCAAGUUGGUUAGAAAUUGAAGGUCUGAUGAAUGGGAUCGUGCAUUGCCAUCUUGGCAAUCCAUGUCUUAGCAAGGAUGGAUAGAAUGAUGGGAAUAAUUGUGUGCCGGGACA